AUCAUCUCACAAACACGCGCGACAGAUGACGUCGCUUGCGACGCUCUCUGCAUGUACGUGUUUCGUUGAAACAGCAGCAUCAUGUCGACGAUGAAAAACGGGACAACCAUUAAGAUCGGCGUCAAGAUACCGGACCGCGACGCUGAACUUUUGGAGGUGGACCUGAGCGCCCCCUUAGCGGAUUUCGUCGAAGACCUUUGCAGACGAGAAGGAAUUACGAAUGCGCAAGAUUAUGCUCUCGCGUUUGCGGAUCGCAAGACUGGAUACAUCGUCGAGUCGAGGAAGCAAGACAUCAAGAAUGGCGACCUGCUUCAGCUCACACGCUCUCCAUCCAAGGUGCGGCAGGAAAUCAUUGAGAAACUCAGCUUUGGUGCCAUGGACGGUAAAGCUUUGGCUUUGGGUAUGUUGCACGAACGGGUGACUGACCCAGUCUUCGCCAGAGAGUUCACCAGCAACAACGGGCACAAGCUGCUCGUAAGUGCCAUGGAAAAUGGAUUUUUUAGAGGCAAGAUAAUGGGCAAGGCUUUGCAGUGCUUUGAGGGCCUUAUGGAUCAUAACAUUCUCUCGUGGGAUAUUGUGAGUGAGAAGUUCGUGACCCGGCUGAUAAGACACGUGAGUUCUUCUUCUCAUAUCGAUAACAUGACCGUUGAGACGUCACUGUCCAUAUUGGAGUCGGCAGCCACGCAACGCUUCGAUCUCUACACCGUUAUACAUACGACGAUGCCCUUUGGAAAUUACGUCAACUUUGUAGGAAACGGUUCGAUACCCGUGCUGAAAAACGCGCUCGCGCUUUUGAACAUUGUGUUCAAAAGAGCAGAGCACGCGGGACAGCGUGCUCUAGAAGGGCUCAUAUUAAAAUUCGGGCUUAAGAACAUGAUAUGGCACCGUUUAUCUCACAUGACUCAAGUGGAUAUUGAGCUGGCCCACCAACUAUUCGUGAUGCAGUCUCUCCUCCUGAACUUGUACCAAGAAAUGAGAACUUCGGUGUUUGAUUUGAAAGACACGAGUCACGAGCAAAAGAUCAAGUUGCUGCUGAAGUAUGGGUUCGACAUUGAUCCAGACGACCAAGAAGCACCCGGAAACCGUUCUUCGAAUCGCUUCUCGGCUGAAUUCAAGACGCUUGGGAUCAGGUACACUGCGGCGCCAAUCAAGGACUUUAUGAAGCCAUGCGGAAAAUUAGCAUUACAUUCUCUCGCAUAUUUCGCGGAGCACGAUAGCUCGAGUUUCUCGAGACUGGUACAGGAGAACAGUAGUUCGUCGCAGGAACACAGCUGCCCCCUCGCUGCCAGCAGCAUCAAGCUCGCCGAACUCCUCUGCAACCUCUUCCACAUCGGAGAAACCGUGGCGGAUCAGGGAGUCUUCUACCCCAUGUUCUUUUCCACUCGCUACUUUUUAGAAGAACUCUUCAUUGUGGGAAUGAAGCUCGUCUUCAAGACCUGGUGCGAAAUGAGGGCGACGACGGAAGACAUCGACAAGGUGUUCGGCAUCGUUCGCGAACAAAUCAUCCGUACUCUAAAAAGCGAGCAGAACAGUCCAACGAUCCAGGACUUCAGGAGGUCCUUAUGGCAGAUGCCCUACUCGGUAGUUGUCAGCGAGCUGCAGAAGGAAAGAGCAGAGAGGGAAGAAUGGGAAAGUCAGUCUGCGGCCGUGCGUCAACUGCGCCGAUCGCUCGUGCCCGAUGUCAUGGAGCUGGUUGAGACGAACAGGCUGAACUUUCUCUGCAGGGGAACCAUGUUUCAACGCUACACACAAAAGGGCCAGAGGCUGAAGGACAAGUACUGUUACGCGAUGCUCUCUCACAAUCACAAAUAUCUUCACUAUGGCGAAUGCGCUGCCGACGACGAGCCGAUACUCGAAGAGCUGCAACACAGCCAGAUGGUUUCAGAAAUAGCAGGAUUAUACACCGGGGCGGACUGUCCCCAUGCUCGGAAAGGCAACAAGGCCAUCACCGACCUGGCCUUCUCGAUUGUUCCUCGUUACGAAGAGCCCCCGCUGAACUUUGUGGCGCCAAACGAAGUUGUGUUCCAGUACUGGAUAGAUGGACUGAAUGCUCUGAUCGGACGUCCCAUGACCAGUGAGGAGACCCAGAGGGACUUGGAGACGCUGUUGCACAUGGAGAUUAAAUUGAGGCUGCUUGAGACAGAAGGACUGAGCAUUCCGGAAGUGGCGCCUCCUAUUCCUCCUAGUCCAGAAAACUAUGAUUUUCAUAUUUGAAAGUCUGCCAUUGAUAUCAACGGAUAAAAUGAAGCGCCACAAGGAAACAGUGAGACGUUUCUUCAGGUCCAAGUUCCAAUGCUACCGCGUAGAAGAUGCUUUGGGUCAGGAUCGGAACAUUCAUGCUAUGCACCAUGACGUGAAUGAACAUCAUGGUUCGAGUGAACGUUAGUGUUCGAAUGUACGGGGUGCUGCAGUCUUGUGGGAUUGAGAGUGCGUGGUGUACCCUAUUUUCAGUCGUCUAAAGAUCACCCUGGAAUGUG